UUGAAGUUACCAUGGAAUUAUUAAAAUUGUUUCUAAAUAUUAGUCUAAUAUUCGUCGUAAAAGCUGCUACAGAUAAUGAUUCAAUGAAUAAUUUGUAUUCAGAAAUUUGUAUGCAUUCUACAAAUAGACAAUUAAUUAAACCAUUUGAUAACCACAUUGAGUUGAUGUUGUUUAUUGAAAAUUUUAUCAAUGUUAUAUCGCCUGAUACAUAUAAAUCGUAUAAAUCAUAUAUCGAUGAACAACAAGCAAAAAACAAUUCUGUUUUUUAUGGUAUAUUUACGUCACGUUUUGGAGUUUCUAAUAAAACAAACAUAAUACGUUUGAAUGUAUUAAAUUUGAAAAUAGAUGAAACAAAGACGAAAGUUAUCAGUCUUACAAAUUUUAAAGUAAUAGAACCGAAGACAUAUACAUACGAUAAUAAAACGCAGACAGUUGUUAUUACCUUUGUUGAUGACUUCUUACCAUUGAACAUUUAUCGUUUGAAAAUAAAUUUUAUAGGAACUAUGAUCCAUACAAAUAAACAUUGGAGACGCAAUUUAAAUAAAGUAUGGUUGAUCACACCCGGUUUCUAUGGAACAGAGACUCGUCAAAUGUUUCCGUACUGGGACAAACUGGAUAUUAAAAGUAACUUUAGUAUCACUAUAUGGUACCAUGGAAAUUAUAAAGCCAUAUCAAAUACAGAAAUUAAAGUUAUUUAUGAAGAGAAUGACAAAAAAAUAAUAGAUUUUAACACAGUUGUUAAUAUAUCCUCUCAUCUCGUCGCUGUUGUAUUGGUCAAUCUUCAUAAUAUUACGGACGAAUUCUAUGAUGCCGAUGAAAAUCAAAUCUUCAAUAUAUGGGGCAGAAGAAAAAUAGUACCCUUUCUUGAAACAAUGAGCUCAGUGAUUAUAGAUUCCAUAAACAAUUUGCGAAACAGCUUAUCUAAGACGCAACUUUCGCCAAACAUGAACUUUGUUAUAAUCCCAGGUUUCCUAGAUGAAAAUGUGGAAAGUCGGGGACUCAUUCUUUACAAUGAGGCAGAUGUUGUCUACGAUGAUGAGUUAUAUUCCUUUGCACACAAUAUAACUAUGGCAUGCACAGUAGCACGAAAAAUAGCACAUCAAUUCUUUGGCAAUACGAUCGGACGAGCAUGGGGAUCUGAUUUAUGGAUAAAUGAGGGUAUUGCUACAUUUUUGGCAAUGAAGAUUGUCAAUGAGAUAUUACCCGAUUCGAAAAUUUUGGAUCUAUUCGUAGUACAAUUUCAACACGAAGCUCUUCGUUUGAAUGAUUAUUAUGAUAUGCCUCUGGUAUCAAAAGUCAAUGAAUCAUCUGAAAUUAAUUCUAUUUUCCCUUUUACUUAUUAUGUUAAAGCACCUGUCUUUAUACGCAUGUUAUCACAAAUAAUUUCAAAAAACGUGUUUAUGUUAGGUCUCAGUCGUUACAUAAGCCUCUAUCAGGAUAAAUCUUAUAUAUAUACAUCGAAUUGUGCUUUUGAUGAAUUUCUCAAUACUAUACAACAAAUCCAAAAAACUAUGUAUAAAAAUCGACCAACUGAUUAUAAAACAAAGUUGGACAGUUGGUUAACGCAGAAACGUUAUCCCGUGCUACACGUGACGCAAUCUUAUAUAAACAACACAAUAGAAUUGCAAAAAGAUGUAAAUGAAUCGUAUCCAAAAAAUUUAUGGAUACCUGUAACCUAUAUUACACAGAAUUCUCAUGAUUAUAACAAGCCUCUGCCUAAACAUUGGCUAACUCCACAUGAACCAAUUUUAUAUGAAACUGAUAUUGAAAGUAAACAUUGGAUUGUUGUUAACGUACAACAAGCUGGAUUCUAUCGUGUUAAAUAUGACACUAAAUCAUGGGAAAAUAUUUUGAAAUAUCUUCACUCAUCUCAAUUUUAUAACAUACAUCAUCUUAAUCGUGCUCAGCUCAUAGAUGAUGCAUAUUAUUUUCUUUCAAAAGGCGAACUUGACUUUAACUUCUUUAAAAAACUCACGUUCUAUCUAACAAAUGAUAAUAAUUACAUAUCAUGGUAUCCUCUAAUUAAAAUUAUGGAGCAGUUAUCAGGUUUUUUUCCAUUUCCAGAAAGUACUGAAGUCAAAAAGCAUUUUCGCACAAUCCUUAAAGAUCUUCUGAAAUUCAUUGGGUAUGUAGAAUCGGAUGCAGAUUUUGAUGUUACCAUGAAUUUAAGACAAGAAGCUGCAAAAUGGGAAUGCAUACUCGGUUCUUUUACAUGUAAAAUUGUUGCUACUGUACAAUUAUUUAGUGAUCUCGAUGCAAAACAUAAUUUUGUCUCUGAACAUGAUAGAAUUUGGCCUUGGUGGAAGGAAUGGACUUACUGUAAUGGAUUAAAAAGGGCAAACUAUACUAUUUGGAUAGACGUUUUUAAUUUAGCAGAACCUGAAAAGGAAAUGGAAAGGAUUUUGGACUUUUUAGCGUGCUCCGAAAAGUAUAAUAUUAUUACUGAUUAUAUAAACAGAUUGAAACAUUUGAAUAAAAGAAAAUAUAUUAUUGCUUUUCAUUCUAUUAUUGCAAGACAAUCAAAAAAUAAUGACGUUCUCGAUUACAUAUUGAAAAAUUUUGUUCGAUUAAUACGCAGAAAGAUCAAUAAGAUUGCAAUAAUUGCGAACAUUAUUAAUUAUGUGUAUUCUAAAGAACAACUUGACAAGAUAAGUAACUUUGUGAAUAAUUCUGGUUUUUUUUAUGAUACUUCGUAUAUUAAUCAAAAGAUAAAAACACGAUUAUCUGAAAUCAACAAACAAGUUGACUAUUUCAAAAGAUUUUUAUAAACCUCGAAACGCAGCGUCAAAUAAUAUUAUAUAU